AUGCUGCAGCAGCUUGAGCGCUCGCAGCAGCAAGAGCAGGUGCAGCAGCAGCAGCAGCAGCAGCAGGAGCGCGUGCUGCCGCUGCAGGGCCUGAGCUGGUUCGCAGCGCUGCAGACGCAAAGGCCCCUGAGGCGGCUGCUGUGGCUGAUGGGGCUCGAGAGUGCAGCAACAGCAGCAACAGCAGCAGCAGCAGCAGGAGACAACAUAUUCUGGCUGCCGCAGACUGUCUCAGCAGCAACUUGGCGGGACAGACUCCGGGUCUUCGAGGCCAUGCAUGCCAGCAGCCUAGAC